UAUGGACACAUGACUGUUGGUUGAUACAGAUGGGAAUAAAUCUGUGACAGGAGCCUGAUGUCAACAAACUUCCACAACUUCUGUGAACUUUAGCUGCUGAAGAGGGCAGCAGCGGCUAUCCUUUGACAUAAAUCGGAGGCGGAAACAAGUCGGUCUGAUGAUUCCUCCGGAGGAUUUUGAAGCUCGUGCAGCAAGCAGAGAUCCGUUUCCGCUGGGGUGUAUUGAUUAUUGUUUUUAUAUUUCUAACCGUGUGGAUCGCGAUGCAGUGCGGUUGGCCUCUGCUAGGGCCGCUGCAGUGGAUCCGUUACGUCAACAAGCAGGUGAAGGUGACGGUGGGAAAAGAUGAAGAGCACCGCGGCUGGCUGCUCACCGUGGACCCGGUGUCCGCCAGUCUCGUCCUGGUGGACUUCAGGGAGGAUGGGGGGACGUCUGUGCUGGUGGUGAUGGGUCACGCUGUAGAGGAGGUGCAGGUCCUGCAGGAGGCUGACGAGGAGACCGCAGACCGUCUCCGGACCUCCUUCCUCCCCCCGAGGACCUGCAGCCUGGACCCCGAGGAGCUGAGGAAGAGGAGGGGGGGUAUCCGGAGCUGGCUCGAGAAGAACCAGGUCCCUGUGGAGGAGGAGGGAGAUGAGCUGAGGGUGGCGGGGGUCCUGACCAUCAGGGCCCCGUACAGACCUGAAGACUGCUACAGCUCCAACCAGAUCAUCCUGGACCGCAUCCAGAAACUGAUCCAGAAUGUGAUCAAGCUCCAAACAGAUCAUCCUGAACCGCAUCCAGAAACUGAACCAGAACCUGAUCGAGCUCCAACCAGUUCAUCCUGGACCACACCCAGAGACUGAUCCAGAAUCUGAUCCAGACUGAUAUCUGAACCCAAACCGGGUCUGUUAAAUCCACCAAUCAGAUUCCUGCUGUCAAAUCAGAGUGCAGCAGCAGCUGUGACUGACAGCUGGUCUGGAACCAGUCUGACUCUUUUUGUCCAAUUUAAAAAUCACUCAAGGUUGAAGCCCCGCCCCUCACCUGCAGAUGUCAUCAGUCUCGUGAAAAUGAGACACUCACAAAAUAAAAGUCUCUUUUGACGCGAUGUCUGAGAUUCAGUUCCGACAGAAAAGUAAUUUACUCCAAUUAUAAUGAAUUUUUUUUUUUAUCGCACAGAAUAAAACUGACAUUGUUAAAUGUACAAACGCAAACAAUAAGUUUAAAUAAAAUUCAAUUGAUUAAAACCAGAAGCUUUCUGAUCAGAUGUUUGAUACAACAGAGCUGCCACUAAUGAAUAUCUUCACUACCAAUUAAUCUUCCAGGUAUUUUCUCAAUUAGUCGAUUAUUUGGUCUAAAAUAAACUUAAAAAACAGAGACGUCCUUUAAUGUUUCUUUUUGUCCAAAGAUUAGUUACUGGGAUGAAAAACUUGAACUAGUGAAUAUUUAUUGACUUAAGCGAUUAAUCAGUGAUCAGUCGCUGAUUAUUAUUCUGUCAGCGGACUGACUGGUUAGUGAAGUGAUGGAUUAGUGGAUUGUAUCUGACAGUUAUUGAUUCCUAGACGCACUGGUGUCAGUGGUUUGAUCAGAACAUUAACAGAGAAUAAACUAAAAAUUAAGAUUUGUUUUUGUGUAAAUGACAAAAAUACAGAUCGAGUGUUUGAAGUCUCAACAUGUACAGAGGCGUGUGUGAACUGUGUUUCAAGAUUAAUAUUCUGAGAUGUAGUCCUUAUGGGAUGCUGCAAGACGAGGGUUGGAUGUGGAGGAAAGACCUGUCGGAUUCAAACCCGAGACAUUUGUGUCACACGUUGUUCAUCUGAACCUCUCCACCACCAGGACGUCCAGUUUCUGUCAAUCUUAAUUUUGUUUAGAGGCUCACAGCUUUAAAAACUCUGUGAAAUGUUCCUUUAUCUCAGACUUCCCGUUUGAUCACUGUUAUUUAAAAAAUAAAAGUUGGAUUUGCUGAA